GUCAGUUACCAGUCACCACGUUACCAGAACCCAAUUGCCCACCAUGACCGGCUCUCUCUCCCUCUUCUCCGUCAAUGCCGUCCUGUUGAUGUCGGCCGACGAUGGCUCUCGCAUCUUCACCAAGUACUACUCGCCUCCUCACCCCCCGGCCGGUGCUGCCCCCAACUCGACCGAUUACCCCGGAGCGAACCCGUAUCCCACCCUGAAAGACCAGAAGGCCUUCGAGCAGGGUCUCCUCGAGAAGACCAACAAGCAGACCAGCGAUGUCAUCCUGUACGACAACCGGAUAGUCGUCUUCAAGAUGGAGAGCGACGUGAUGCUGUAUGUGGUGGGAAGCGCCGACGAGAACGAAGUGCUGCUCUACAACGUUGUCCUGUCGCUACGGGAUGCCCUGGGAAUCCUCUUCAAGGGCGCCACCGACAAGCGCACCAUCGUCGAGAACUACGACCUGGUCGCCCUGGCCAUCGACGAGCUCAUCGACGACGGCAUCAUCCUCGAGACCGACCCCGUGCUGAUCGCCUCGCGCGUGAGCCGCGCCCCCGCCCCCGAUGCGCCCAACCUCAAGAGCAUCGACUUGACCGAACAGGGUCUGCUCAAUGCCUGGGAGCUUGGCAAGCGGCGUCUGGCCGAGGGCUUGCGCCAGAUGUAAAUGGGGCGGUUGUCUGUGGAUCAACGUUGACGGGUUCCCAUUUCCAUUGAGGCGAUUCUUUUCUUUCUUUCUGUCCAUUACCUACAUGUCUUGUUGUCUUAUCUGGCUGGUCCUGGCGUGGUAUUGUGCGCAUUGUUCACGGUUUAAUUAUGUCUUUUUUUUUUCUCUUGUACCCCUUCUCUUUUACAACAUUAUUGGCCCUGUAUUGGGGUUGCAGAGGCUCGAGGUACCCAUAGAUAUCCUCCUUGCUGUUUCAAAGCGAGAAUAUUGUGCUGUUAAAAGUCGGUGGUGAGGGGGUGUCCGUGGGGAUGUUCGUAUGAAGAUUUGGCCAUGUGAAGGUAGAGAUAUAGCGAGGGUAUUCCGCGGUAUGCAGAGACUCGCCCAGCAUCGUAGUGCAAGGGGAGAUA